CGGACUUUCCUCUUUAUCAACACCAACCAACACCAUCAUCAUUGGAUGCAAUGUAAACACUCAUCAUUUACACCACCAACUACCCUUACAAAAUAACCGGCAUUUUAUUUUUUAUUCCAAAAUCACCUGUAAACCCCAGUUACUUGACCCUUCAGUAACAAUACCCAACAAUGGCCCUCCCACCACCUAACCCCGUCCUCCGUCGCCAAGUCAUCCAAUUGUACAAAGAACUCCUCCACAUGGGCAAAGAAUACCCCCAAGGCUACGACUACUUCCGCCCCCGCCUGCACCGCGCCUUCAUGUCCAAGUCUGGCCUGCGCGACGAAGGGGAGAUCAAGCAGGCGAUUGCCACGGCGCAGUUUGUGCAAAAGGAGUUGCAGGCUUUAUAUUAUCUCAAGAAAUACCGAACGUUGAAGAAACAGUACUAUGAAGUGGGGGAACCACAGGCUGCUUUUGGGGGAGUAUCAUCAGGUUUGAGAUAAAGGGUUAGUGUGCUGAUUCGUGCUAGUUAUACCUCUACAUACGUGUGAAGGAAGGAAACUUGUAUUCUUUAAAGUGCGAUGCGAUGGCCUGGGAUCUCUUCAGGUGUCAGUCGAACUACCUCUAGAGCUCCCGAAAAUAUACACAUGACAGUGGUGUCAUCGGAUAUGAGCAAAGUUUUGGACUCGAAAUAAAGGGAUCUUGAU